AUGGAACUUGAUACGGAUCUAGGCCGAACCCUUGAGCCUUUCCUUCCCCCUAUAACCCAGAAAUCAACGUCAGCCAAAGACACCAACAGCGUUGAUGCUACUUCAGACGUGAACCUCCCAUUUAUUACCCUUACCUGGGCUCAGAGUCUUGAUGGUCGAAUAGCUGCAGGCAGUGGAACACGAACUAGGAUUUCUGGCCCAGAAACCAAGGUCAUGACUCAUUACCAACGAUCUCGCCAUGACGCUAUUCUUGUGGGUGCAAACACGGCCGUGACCGACGAUCCAAAGCUCAAUUGUCGAUACCCAGAAACGGGAGUUAAUAUGAUACGGCCCGUUAUAGUGGACCCAUCAGCACGUUGGACAUAUUCGUCAUCUACUGCUAGGAAGGUUUUGCUAGAAAAACAGGGCAUUGCACCUUUUGUGUUGAUAAGGAUGGAUACUAAGAUACCCACUGAGGAAGAGGACUUACUCAAUGGUGACGGAGGUCAGUUCAUUCGUUUGGACUUUCCGAAAGAUCCUAGGGAAAACUGGCUCCAAAUCUUUCAAAAACUUUGUUCGCUUGGGAUCCAAAGCGUCAUGGUCGAAGGUGGUGCGUUCGUCAUCGAAUCGCUUCUUACUACGAACUUGCCUGAUUCGGUAGUGGUUACUAUCGGCUCAGUCUUCUUGGGCAAAGAGGGAGUGUCAGUGAGUCCAAAAGCCGUCCAGACGUUGAAGGACGUUGUCUGGUGGAGAGGUCAAGAAGACGCAGUCAUGGCAUCGAGACUUACGAGUAAAUAA